CUCUAACAGACACCAACAGCUGCUUUAUUUCUCAGGGAGUUACUCGCAAUCGAGAGCCAAUUAAUAAAUUAAAAGUGAUGUGUUAUAGGUAGCCGUCACUGCAAGGCCAUAAAUGAGAUCUAGCUUCAGCACCUGUUCGCGAAAGGCUAUAACCAUGUACAAGCAGACGUGCACCAAUCUCCUGGAACUGUCCUCCGCCAAGGUGACCGAGUGGCUAUCGAGCUUCGAUUCGGUGAUUACAGACUGUGAUGGAGUUCUUUGGAUCUAUGGCCAGGCCCUGGAAGGCUCGGUGGAUGUGAUGAACCAGUUUAAGGCCAUGGGAAAGUCAAUUUACUUCUGCACAAACAACUCGACGAAGACCCGAUCGGAACUUCUACAGAAAGGCGUCGAGCUGGGCUUUCACAUCAAUGAGAGCGGCAUUAUUUCGACGGCCCAUGCCACAGCAGCGUUUCUGAAGCGUCGGAAUUUCAGCAAGCGGGUGUUUGUGAUCGGAAGCGAGGGUAUCACCAAGGAGCUGGACGCCGUGGGCAUUCGGCACACCAAGGUGGGACCGGAACCCAUGCAGGGAUCGCUGGUGGAGUUCAUGGCAGAGCAUUUAAAGCUGGACACGGACAUCGGAGCCGUGGUCGUGGGAUUCGAUGAGCACUUCAGCUUCCCCAAGAUGAUGAAGGCCGCCUCGUACCUGAACGAUCCACAGUGCCUGUUCGUGGCCACCAACACGGAUGAGCGUUUCCCCAUGCCCAACAUGAUAGUGCCCGGCAGCGGGAGUUUCGUGCGGGCCAUCCAAACCUGUGCGGAACGGGAACCGAUAGUGAUCGGAAAGCCCAAUCCGGCCAUUUGCGAAUCUCUGGUCAGGGAAAAGAAAAUCGAUCCCUCUAGGACCCUGAUGAUCGGAGAUCGUGCCAAUACGGACAUACUCCUGGGCUACAAUUGCGGUUUCCAGACCUUGCUCGUGGGCUCCGGAAUCCACCAGCUGAAGGACGUGGAGCAAUGGAAGAAGAGCAAGAAUCCCGAGGACAAGAAGCUCAUACCAGACGUAUACCUGCCAAAGUUGGGGGAUCUGCUGCCAUCGAUUGUGGACGCCGUGGCGGGCUUGAAGUAGUUGAGAUCUAGAUCACCAAACGUUAAUCAGUAUGUAGUACGGACAUGUGUUUGUAUUGUAGUUACAUUCAACGGCAAUAGACAGGACAAAUUAUAAAUACCUAACGAAAAUUUAUAGUACAAUUUAUACCACAGAACAAAAUAUUUAAAUAAAUUCAGAAGCAUUUUGUCACACGGACGACUUAAUCAA